CCCCUCCAACAUCAACCCCUUUUCUCUUAGCUGUCCUUUCGUCGUUUCUUCCUUUUUUUUUUCUUUUCUUCAUUUUACUUUCUUCUUUUCUCUUCACUACUACGUGUGAACAAAAACCAAGUCUUCUCUUCUUUCUUCCUCCUCCUUCUUCUUCUUCCUUUUAAUUUCCCAAUUUCAAUUUUAUAUUAUUAAUAAUAAUGCCCACUUGGUGGGGUAAAAAAUCCAGCAAACCCAAGGAGCACGAAGAGCCACGUGGCGGCAGCAGCACCAGCAACGGCAGCAGUGGCGGCGGCGGCGGCGUUCUUCACUUCAAUUUUAGCAACAAGUCUCCGAUCAGAAACUCUAAUAAAAACGGUUAUAAACCCGAAAACCCAAGGAGUUUCGACGAUGCUUCUUCUAAUUUUAGAAACACUCCCAGAUCCAGUAGGGAUUUCUCUCCUUCAAUCAAUUCUGCCGGCGGUGGUUCUUCCUCUUGUUGGGAUUCUGAUGCCGGUUAUAAGACAGGGUUUCCUUUGCCUCAUCCUUCAGUUUCUUCUACACAAAGCUUGAGCAAUGAUCAAGGAAUUACUUUUGGAUUUGGAUCUGCUUCUGUUUCAGGUUCUAGUGUUAGCUCCAAUGGCUCUUAUGAUGAUCCUUCAACUUCUAACUCUCAGAUUAAUACCGCUAGAGGACAAUGUGAAACGAAGUUCAAUGUGAGGCCUAAAAGCCCGGGUCCAGGAUCAAGGGGGCCCACAAGCCCGACAUCACCUCUUCAUCCAAGGUUGAAUGUUUUGAGUCUUGACUCACCUACAAGCAGGCAAGAAGAUGGAAGGAGUGAGUGUCAUCCAUUGCCUCUUCCGCCAGGCUCACCGACUAGUUCUUCUUCUCUUCCUAACAACACAAGACCAAAUGGACUGAUAGAAAGCAGUACCACUAACCGUGGCAGUUGGAAGAGAGGAAAGCUUCUAGGUCGGGGAACUUUUGGACAUGUUUACUUGGGAUUCAAUAGUGAAAGUGGACAAUUGUGUGCAAUAAAAGAAGUCAGGGCUGUCUGUGAUGAUCAAACCUCAAAAGAGUGCCUCAAACAACUUAAUCAGGAGAUAAUUUUGCUGAGUAAACUUUCACAUCCAAACAUUGUUCAAUACUAUGGAAGUGAUUUGGGAGAAGAAACACUUUCCGUUUAUUUGGAAUAUGUCUCUGGAGGUUCUAUUCAUAAAUUACUUCAGGAAUAUGGGGCCUUCAAAGAGCCUGUUAUCCAAAAUUAUACUAGGCAGAUUGUCUCUGGACUUUCCUAUCUACAUGCGAGAAACACAGUGCAUAGGGAUAUUAAAGGGGCUAACAUACUAGUUGAUCCUAAUGGUGAAAUCAAGCUAGCGGACUUUGGAAUGGCUAAACAUAUAAAUUCUUCAUCCUCAAUGCUUUCUUUCAAAGGAAGUCCACACUGGAUGGCACCAGAGGUUGUAAUGAAUACAAAUGGCUAUAGUCUUCCUGUUGAUAUUUGGAGCUUGGGAUGCACAAUUCUUGAAAUGGCAACAUCAAAGCCUCCUUGGAGUCAGUAUGAAGGGGUGGCUGCAAUAUUUAAAAUCGGGAACAGCAAAGACAUGCCUGAAAUUCCUGAUCAUCUCUCAAAUGAUGCAAAGAAUUUCAUUAAGCUAUGCUUGCAUAGAGAUCCUUCAACUCGCCCCACAGCCCAAAUGUUAUUAAAUCACCCCUUCAUUCGAGAUCAGUCAGCAACAAAAGCUGCUAUUGUCAGAAUAACCAGGGAUGCUUUUCCAUACAUGUGUGAUGGAAGCCGGACGCCGCCAGCUUCAGAUCUUCACUCCAAUAGAACUUGUAUUGCUUCUCAGGAUGCAGAUUAUGCGACAAAAUCAGUUCUUGCAGCUUCACGAGCAGUAAGGAGCCCAAGAGACAACACAAGAAUGAUCACAUCUUUGCCUGUAUCUCCUUGUUCAAGUCCAUUGCGACAGUCUGGUCCAGCUCACAAGAGCUGUUUCCUUUCUCCACCUCAUCCAACUUACGCAAUGAUGGGACAAAAUACCCUCACUUCAUAUGAAUCAUAUCCAAUGAGAUCAAAUACCAAGUUUACUCUUGAUCCUUGGCAUGAAACACAUAUGUACAAAGUCCGCACACCUGGUGCAUCCCCAAGAACGAGACUUAUUUGAGUUUCUGAAUGUAAAUACCCUAAAAUCUUUCUUGGUGGUUUUCCCAGUCAUGCCUUGUGCUCUAUAGUUGAACUUCAUUCAAUUGUAACCCUGAAAGUUCAAACUAUAUCUAAAAAACUCUGGUCCAUUCUUUCUUUAUACAUGAGAAAUAGACGACAGUAGAAGUGAGAAGUGUAGGAGCCCUCUCGGAGCAGGCAUUGGACUGGGGAGACCUUGUAGCUUGUAACAAUUUUUAUUGAUUACUGUAAAACGGAAGGUGUUUGCCAUGUUUGUACUUUGUACUAGCCUUUUUGUUGUAUAUUAUUAUUAGUCCAAGGCAGAAGAAAAGAAGAGAAAAUUUUCAUACAUA